AGCGGGAAGCCCCCGUCAUAUAUUCAAUUCCAUGGUUGUUUACGCGCCCGCAUCACCAAGGGGGCCCGUACUACGCGGCCAGCGGCCAACGAUCCAUGCCAUGGCCUAAUCCAUCGUGUUGUCGAUGGCAAGUUGAUGGAUUCAUGGGAAUAGGGUGAUCCAAUGGCUCGGGUGAGCUCCUCGAAAGACCCAGUUUCUAUCUCAGCCUUCAAUGGUAUAUCAACUCGAGGUUGCCUUGCUCUGUCGGUCUGUUCUCUCUUGUUGUUUUAUCCCCACAGUCACUCAUUCUUUCAUUCGUUCAACUCUUUUCUACACAUUUUUUCCAAGAUGUUCGCCAAGUCCUUCCUUUUGGCCGCUGCGGCCCUUGCUCAGCAGGUUGCUGCCGUCUCCGUCACCGGUACCCCCGAGGGUUUCGCCUCUGGCGUCACUGGCGGAGGCUCUGCUACUGCCGUCACCCCCACCACCAACGACGAGCUGGUCUCGUACCUCGGCGACUCGUCCGCCCGUGUCAUCGUCCUGACCAAGACCUUCGACUUCACCGAUGCGGAUGGCAGUGCCACCGAGACUGGCUGCGCUCCCUGGGGAACCGCUUCCGCCUGCCAGGUCGCCAUCAACAAGGACUCGUGGUGCGACAACUACCAGUCCAACGCCCCCUCCGUCUCCGUGACCUACAACAAGGCCGGUCUUAACCCCAUCAAGGUCGCCUCCAACAAGUCCAUCAUCGGAUCCGGCUCCAAGGGUGUCAUUGUCGGCAAGGGUUUGAGAAUCGCCGGUGCCAAGAACGUCAUCAUCCAGAACAUCAAGAUUGAGAACAUCAACCCCAAGUACGUCUGGGGUGGU